AUGGGCACCAUCGAUGUCAUCCUCCAAGGAGCCAAAUACGCCGCAUUGAUCUUCAUACCACAUUGUUUUCUUAUCGCCAGUUAUCGGGUGUUUUUCCAUCCCUUGAGCAAGUAUCCUGGGCCAUUGGCUGCCAAGCUCUCCGAUGCGUAUGCCGGGUUCUAUGCCACAUUCAUGCGCCUCCACUUGGCCACAACUCGGGACCUAGAGAACUUUGGCCCGGUGAUACGGCACGGCCCCAAUAAGCUCAUCUUUAAUUCGGCUGAGGCCCUCCAAGAUCUUUACAACAAUGAAAGAGUGACCAAAUCAUGGGUGUACCUGCUCACCCCCGCAGCUGAAAAUCCCAGUAUAUUCAACACCCUUGACAGACGCCAACACAGCAUAAAACGACGGCUCAUUGGACAAGCCAUUAAUGAUAAGGCGAUGCGAGACUUCGAACCGACUAUGAUGGGGCAAAUCGACGUGUUUAUUGGAAUCAUUCGUGAAGCCAGUAAGACCUUUACUCCGGUCGAUAUGACUGACGGUCUGAAACGUCUCGGAGUGGAUAGUAUCGUAGGUCUCCUAGCAUUUGGAUUCCCUCUCAAUUUGCAGACCGAUCCGACGUACCGGUUCAUGAUCGAAGGGCUUAGUUUUGGCGGGUACCGCGUCCACUGCCAUAUGCAGUUCCCACUCAUAAAGAGGCUCGGUAUUCAAUACCUGCUGUUUAUCGCGGGAUGGUUCCAGCGAGCGAAAUACGGGCGGAUGAUGCACCGGAUGAUUCGUACUCGUCUCUCUGAGGAUAAGCAUGCUAGACACGACCUCUACUCUGUUCUUGCUGAUCACCUCGAUAACUCCACCGCCGAUGGAAUGACAACCAGCCAGCUUUGGUCUGAGGCCUUGUUCUUCUUUCCCGCAGGUCCACAGGCGGGGAAACCACUUCUACCGCGCUGUCUGCACUGUUCCUUCUAUCUGUCCAGGAACCCCGAGAUAUACGAGAAGCUCGCUAAAGAAGUCAGGAGCACAUUCUCCAGCGACGUAGAUAUUCGCGGUGGUUCCAAGCUCGCUGGUUGUCGGUACCUCCGAGCUUGCAUUGAUGAGGCUCUUCGUAUGUCGCCGCCAGUUCCUGGGACGCCAUGGCGAGAGCUAUACCUCAAUGAGCGGGACCGUCCUUUGAUAAUCGACGGCCACGUCGUGCCCCCUGGUACUCAGGUCGGCGUAUGCUUCUACUCCCUCCACCAUAACGAGAAGUAUUUUGCCGACCCCUUCACUUACCGCCCGGAGCGCUGGCUGGUCGACGACGAGUUAGCCGUCGAGGCUAUCUCCGCCAGCACCAAAGUCUAUGCGUACACGGUGAACAUCACCAAUUUGACCGCUGUAGACACUGCCCUCGAUGCAUUCGCCCGACAUUGUGCGAGUCGCAUGAUCGAUAUUCUCGUUGCCAAUGCAGGCUCACUGGGGCCCUUGAGCUCAAUCCGGGAUGCAAACCCCUUGGAGUGGUGGGAUGGAUUCGAGAUCGAUAUCAAGGGCAACUUCAAUCUCGUCCAUGCUUUCCUCCAAAAGGCGAAUGAAACAUCGGCAAUAAUUCAUCUGUCGUCGGGCGUCGUCCACGGCCCGUACUUUCCGAAUGAGUCCAGCUACUGCGCUUCUAAGGCUGGUGCAGUCAAGCUUUUCGAGUACGUGCAUCACGAAAAUCCGGACAUGUUUGUGCUGUGCUUGCAGCCCGGCCUCGUGGCAGAGACGGGAAUGUCUCCAGGGUUUGAGAACAUCGCAAAGGGUAUACAAAUGGACAUGGCUAGUCUGCCAUGGGAUGAUGUUGAGCUUCCUGGGGACUUCGUGGUCUGGGCCGUGAGCCCAGAAGCUCGUUUUCUCAAUGGCCGGUUUGUGUGGGCGAAUUGGGAUGUCGACGAGCUGAAAGAUGACAGGGAUGCCAUCUUAGCCAACCCUCAAAAGUUCACCCUGGGCUUGGUUGGGAGCUGA